UUUCACUUUCUCUAGAACUUUCUCAAAUUUGUAACCCUAAUUUCUCUCCCUCUCAACUCUUCUUCCGACUUCUCAACUCUUCUACGGUGAAUCGACCUGUUCUUUACUGAUUUCGGUUUCUGUACGUCUCUCUGAAGGUUUCCUCAAGUUUUCUCUUUUUCUACGACGACUUGCGGAGGUUCUUCGUCAUGGUUUAAGCUUGCCUGAAGAUUUCUCUUUCUUUCCCACGACCUGCGCAGGUAUUUCUUCAUGAUUUAAGCGACCCUAAUUUCUCUCCCUCUCAACUCUUCAAUGGCGAAUCCAGUUGUUGUUCUAUGUUUUUGGUUUGUCUACAGCCUUUAAAUUGCUCUCUGAAGAUUUGCUCAAGAUUUCUGUUUCUGUCCCACGAGCUACGCAGGAGAUUGCCUGCAACUGAAAGGUAGAAAUACCGUUGAUACAGAACAGCCUGCAGGGUCUUUAAUUGCCCACGCAAAGCAUCUAUACAUGCUAGCCCGUCCACAACAUUCACAUACAUCCUACAUGUGGUCGCAGCUACACAAAAGAUAUACAACACACCUUUGGCUUUUCAGGCAUUAUUUGUUUGCAGUACUGCAAAACAAGUAGUUUUUGUUCCACUACUUUGACUUGCUUUGAGGUUAACAACGAAGCUGACCAAACAAUCGAAUAUGCAAAUGAAGUGUUUGGUCAAAGUGUUGAUCUUCAGUAUAACUUCUGUACAAGCUGUAGACAUCAUCAUCCUUCACCAGAAGCUUUACUAUUCACUUCUACAACAUCAUCAUCCUUACCUUCCAAAUCUUGUACCAUUUUUUAGAUCACUCAAACAUCCACAACACCAUUUCUAGCAGUUCGUUCCUCCUAAAGUGAUACUUGACUUUCUAGCUCUUUCAACUUUUCCAAAUACAACUUCAGUUUUGCCUCAACUUUAGCUGCUUCAUUUUUUAGCUGCUCAUUUUUCCUCUGCACAUCCUUCAAUCAAUUCUCCAUCGAUUGAAGAAUAUGCAGAAGAAAAAUGAACAGCUAAAAAAUGAAGAAGCUAAAAUUCAAGUAAAACUUAAGAUGUAUUUGCAAAAGUUCACACACUUGGAAAAUACAUUAUCACUUCAGGACAAAACAACUGCUAAAAAUGGUGCUGUGAAUGUCUCACUGAUCCAAAAAAUGGUAAAAGAUUUGAAAAUUCAGGAUGAUGACACUGUACAAGUGAAUAGUAAAGCUUCUGGUGCUAAUGGAGAUUUUCAGGAAAAACAAUUCUCACCACCUGCGCCUCCAUUAGUUCAUUCAGCUGCAAAUGGAAAUGGAAAUGGCUGCGGUAAAUGAACAAAUGAAGGUAGUCGUAACACAGACUUCAUUUUUACAAAAAUCAAUCUGCUUAAUUGUGCUGAUGUCCAGACAUAGCAUCCCAUACCUUCUGCCAGUGGUUCUGCUCACGUGAAUAGCAAUGUUUCCAACAUACAAAAUUGAAGACACCAGUCACAGCAAGCAGCUUCACAUAUUUGCAGAUUAGAAUUCUGAAUUUCUUAGUCAUCAAAACGCAGCAAAUGAACUUAACUACAGAGAGGAGUACAAGUUCAUUCUCCAUCCAUACAACUGCAAUUUCACAGGCAAAGCACAUAUCAUCGUGCAGUCCUGCUGAUCUGCUCUCCUGCAGAAGAAGGGCACAGAAAGAUCCAGCAUUUAUAUGAAAAUGUAAUGAAUUAACUAAUGGACUACAUAGUCACACCAGCGCAGAUAAAGUGUCAACACUAACCUAGGAGAAAGCUACAACAACUAUCAUUCAAGUUUUGCAUGUAGUAAAGGAAAAGGCAAAGACACCGAAAAUAUUCUUUACUCAAAGGUCAAAAGUUUCCAAUUUAGAGCAAAGAUAAAUCUGCUUGCCCAACUUUUUACCAUCAACAUAAUAAUAAUCUAUAGCAACAUCACCAAACUACUGCAACAAUGACGUUGUACGCACUGCUUCAAUCAAAUGGCACCUCAUCGCUAAUAUAGAUGCUGAAGUACCAAUACUGCAGCAGCUGCCACCUCUUAUUUCUUUCUUUCUCUACAUAUGUGAAUAUGGAAAACUUCGUUGGAGUUCAUCCAUCUUCCAAACUAACAAAGCUGCCACCUGUUAUUUCUUUCUUCCUCUACAUCUCUGAAUAUGCAAAGCUUCUUUGGACUUCAUCCAUCUUCCAAGCUAUGAAAGCUGCUGAAAUAAAGAACAAACUUCUCACUGACAAACCUACUACUAUUUGGUUAACUAUCUUUCCUACAAACAUGGUACUAAGAGUGAACAUCAACCAAAUAGAACCAGCAACACGAGAUUGGAUUUGCAAAGUUCAAAUUGUCGAAAUAGCCCGGCCACGAGAAAGCCUUGACAAGAAAUGCACAUUCCAAAAUUUAAUUUUGGAAGAUGAAGAGGAAUGCCAAAUUAAGGUCGUUAUGUACAGUGACGAAAUCCAGCAGUAUGCAGCUACGCUUAAACUCCUCAAUACCUACCUCAUCUCUACUGCAAAAGUGAAAGUCUCACCAUCCUCAUACGGCAAGCCAAUACAUAAAUUUCAGUGGACUCUUGACAAGGAGACAGUAAUUGAACAAAUCCAAGCAUCUCAUGAAGUUGAAAAACCACUUCCACCGCCAACCAGGCUCAAUAUCACCAACUUUGACCGCAUUCCCCAUCUGAUGGUUGAUUCUGCUGCUGAAAUAGAUAUACUAGCAAUCGUUCUUCGUUGUGGUCCUCAAAAAACUGCAGGUCGCAGUCAUCAUAGGUGUAGAGAAAUUACCGUUUGUGACGAUCAGAGAAAUCAGUUUCUCUUCACUCUAUGGGAGGACUUUGGAGAAAUAGAAGGACAUCAAAUUUUCUCUAAAAUGGCAACAGAGGCAGAUCUGCUUGUAAUCCUCGGAAGGAGUAUAGGAAUCUCUACUUAUCAAGGGUUGUCACUGCAAACUAGGUACAAUUCCACAGUACGUGUAAAUCCUGAUUACCCACAGGCAAUGGCACUCAUCAACUGGGCAAAAGAAAACAAAACAAUGUUGUUAGGUUCUCCAUCAGAGAAAACCUCGACAAGCUCAUCUAUCACUCCCAUGAUAGUCACUCCUGCUGGCCAACAAUUUAUCUCUAUUGCAGAAAUCUCAUCAGCACCUUCUAUGGGAGUGUUCUAUGUUGAGGCAGAGAUGGCCAUAUUAGAUGAGUUCCAAGACUUUUGUGUGCUUGAAUGCUCAGGAUGCAAACAGAAGAAACGUACAAAGGAUAGAAAGGAUUUUGAAUGUCCAAAAUGCAAUCGAAAAACAUCAUUAGUACCUCGUUGUACCUUCCAAAUUGAUCUUAUUGACAAUACUGCUACAACUACAGCAUCUAUCUCUGCUGAAUUAGGAGAAAAAUUACUGUCCAUGACAGCAAAAGACAUAUUUGACAUAACUUGCACUAAGCGGCAAUCAUUGUCUCUUACUCAUGUCCAUGACAUGCUGUCAAACAAAGUAUUCGAAAUUCAGCUACGGAAGUCAUCUUGGGGCAGCUCAAAUACCACGAAUGCAACUUUGUCCAUUCUUUCCUACAUGGAAAAACAACAUACUCCACAAAGCACUUCUGAUAGGACUCCUAAAAAGAUAAAGCCUUUGGAAAUAAGUGAGGUAGAAGUCAUGGCAACAACUGCUACAGCUGGUCCUUCAAAUGCACUGGGAAAAAUUGAACCACCCACACCAACCAAAAAGGUGUAACAGGAACUCCCUCACACCAUUUUGUCGCUUUUGCUUAUGGUAGGGACAAUAUAAUGACUGACUCUCCCUACGCUCUGAUUUUUUGCAUCACCAGGAUUAGCUAUGGACAGACAAGCUGCAGUGUCCUCUAAAUAUCAUAGACAAUGGCAUGCUAAUCUUAUAUACCAAAACUGCAACAUGUAAUAUAUUAUUUUGGUUAUAUUACAUUAGUUAGUAUGUGCAAAGCGUUCAACUCCACAUCAUAAUUAUGUCUAUUGUACAUAUUUUAAAUAUUUCUAAUAGUACAUAAUAUAAUAGAUCAUAUUAUCACCUUGA